UGUCCGGCCUCCCCGGCCAGUGAUCCCCCCCAGAGUCAUCGCACAGCGCCCCCCACUGGCGGGGGCAGAAGACCCUCCGUGCCCGGCGACCCCCCGCAGAUGGCCCAGCUCAUCCAGGAGAUAUCAGAGGCGGAGCUCUGGGUUCGGGGGAAGCGGCAGGAUUUGGGGGAUCAGGAUGAUGAUUGCAGCGCCCGAUCCAUAGACGGGGACAUCCGGGGCUUCCAGGUCACCAUGAUGAAGCUGAAUCAGAUGAGUGAUCACUUGUUGAGAAGUGAGACUCCCAGCGCAGACAAUAUUCGCACUCAGCUCCAAUCUCUGAAGGACCAAUGGCAGCUGCUGAAGAACACAGCAACCAAUCACAGCAAGCUAGGGGGUGGAGCUAACGCAUUGCAAGAGUUUAAUAAGAAGGCGGAUGAGCUGGAGAUGUGGAUGAGGGAGAAGGAGGAGAUUCCACCUCUCAGCUUGUUGCUGGAUGAGAACCUGGACAAGGUGCAGCUGAGCCGCCGGAUCCUGGACCUCAAGCAGGAGCAACUGUAUUACAGCAACUUGCAGGAGAACAUCAACAGCCUGGCCCAGAAGCUGGAGAAACAUGGACGGGCCGAGAGCCGCGGCACGUCCAACCGGAGGAAGCACCUCAACAGAAUGUGGUUGAGGCUCCAGGGCUCUCUGGACGAAUAUCAGCGAAGUCUUCAGCUGGCCCUGGAAGGUGCCUCACUCUGGCAGCAAGUGGACACCGUCCUGAGGGCCAUGCAGGAGAAGAGGGAUGCGGCUUCCUGCAACGGACACGGCGAUCAGGAUCUGAGGGAUAUCGCCGGUCAGAUCAUGAUGUUGGAUGUCUCGGUGUCUCAGGUGUCCAGCCUCCACCCCGUUCUGGCGUCCAGGGCUUUGCACAGACAGCGGCAGGUGAAGGAGAUUUGGUCCCAGCUGCAGCAGACAGUCCGGACAGGAAAGUCCUCCAGAGGCACCACGUUCACCAGAGAACCGGGUAACUCGGCGACCCCCGACACACGGGAGCAGAGCAGCGUGGGAAAGCAGCAGCAAAGCAUCCCGGGAAGCCAGACUAUUGUGUCUCAGAAGGAGCCAAACAGCGGGGACUCCAAUGUGCAGAUCCCGCUACACCCAGCGACACAAGCCGGACCCAGCAGAUGUGGGAAAUUACUACAAUGCAGAGAAGAGAGUGACAUCAUCAAGGAUCAUUGUCUGAGACAUUCCCAAUCACCAGAUGCUGAGGAAGAGGUUCUCCUCAGUGAGCUGAAGGCCACAUCCGAAUGGCUGCAGAAUCUGGAGCAGCUUCUGUCGGAGCCCGCCGCCAUGCGCAGUCCGGAGCUGGUCCGCCGGGACCUGAGGCAGGUGUCCUACUUGGAGAAGCAGGUAAAGUCACGAGGAGUGGCUAUGCACUCUACAGGAAGAGCGGUGCGGAGCUCCGGGCGGAGUGUGGACGAGGAGAUGCAGGUCCAGGUCCGGGAGGUGGAGGAGAGGCUGCAGACGGUACAGGAGGGACUCCGACGCCGUGCUUCUGAUCUGAGAGACACGUUGGUGCUGUCCGAGUUCAUGAAGGUUGUCCAGUUGGAGGAGGAGAGGCGGAGGAGGAAUUCGCCCCUCAGGGAGCCCCCAGAUCCCCCCCCAGAAUUGGCACACAGGAAGGAAGUGUUCACCCCUUUGGAAGAGCUGCAGGAAGCGGUGGAAAUGCUGAACGAUGCAGCGAUGGAGCUGGCCGCCAACAAAGAGACGACCGACCUGGAGAGGCGGCUCUUGGCGUUCUCCCAUAUGAUCCAGUCAGCCAGCGCCCUGACCCAGGAUGUGCGGAGGAAGAUGGAGGAGGUGGAGCAGAAUUACAUAGCGGCGAAGAAGCACGUGGAGCUGAGAGACUUGCAGGAGAUUUCGGGACUACACCAACAAGCAGAGGCCGAGGUGACGGGAGAGAUGCAGGCCGAGGUGAGGUCUCUGGAGGAGCAAAGGAACCGGCUACAAGAGCUCUGCCCCCAGAGAAGUCAGGUGCUGGGGAGAAGCAUUGAGGAAGCCCUCCAGGCCUGGGCCCAGCUACAGGAGGACAUCCAGAGGAACCGAGCCCAGUUGCACAGAACCUCCCAGCUGAGAGAAUUCUUCCUGAGCUACCUGGGGAUGAUAUCCUGGACAGAGGAGACGAGAGCCCAGAUCCUGUCGGACAGUCCCGAGGACCGGCUCAGCCUGGCAUGGAGGGAGGGGCUGGAGAGAAGCAUUGACGGCAAGAUGAAAGAGUUCGAGGUGCUGGCGGGUAUCGGCUGGAAGCUGAUCGGAGAAGAUCGACUCCUGACGCAGAUGGAAGAGGCGCAGCCCGCACACAGGCCUGUCAAAUCCGACAAGUUUGAGUGCCCAGUAGAUGAAGACACCCCACCCACAGCUCCGCCCCCGAGGGGCCCCGCACGACGCAGGUACAGGCGGAAGGCGCUGAGCCCCAUGUUGUUCCAGCAGCCGCUCAGGUUGUCGGGGGGAACAGACAAUGAGGAUGGGGCGGAGCUGCUUGAAGACGCCCCAGGGAAGUGCGCCCUUGGACCGUUGUGGCUGGAGCCCAAAGUAUUACCAACGGGAACGGGAAUGGAGGAGGAGCAAGAGGAGGAGGAGGAGACACUUAUGGUGACCCGGAAGUUGGACUAUCAGCUGAUGGAAGGUUCCCUGGAGAAGAAGCACAUCCUGCAGUCAGGGGGAAGGAAGGCCUCUUCCCGCACCUGGGGGGUGUUUUACACUGUGCUGGUGAGGAGAACCCUCUGCUUCUACCAUGACCGCAAACAUUCCACCAAGAGCCCGGUUUCUGCGCCCCCCCUGGACCUCACAGGCGCGCUCUGUACCCCAGAAUUAGACUACACUAAGAGGAGCAACUGCUUCCGGCUGAGAUUAAGGGACGGGUCUGAGUACCUCUUCCGGGCCCCGACUUGUGAGCUGCUCCAGGAGUGGAUGUGCAAACUCCGCCACAAUUCAGGCAUUGAAGACACAGAUCCACUCCGAGAACCGCCACUGGGGUUUGACCGCUCUCCACAUCUCGCAUCUCGAGGCCGCCCGCUGAAUUCCUGUACAGCAGACCUGGGCCAGCCGGUACCAGUACGAGGCAGAGACCCAGCGGAGCAUCGGUCCGAGCCACAUCCGGAGCCAUUUGGUGUGUCGGCUGGCGGCUGCAGAGCUGACACUCGUCAGGUGAGGUCUCGGGUACCAGACAACAUUCCGAAGUUUGCCGAUUCAGAGUUCGAUGUGAGUCUGACAGCCAGCAGGAGGCGCUCUCGCUCCUUCAGCUCAG